AUGGUCAACAUUACGGAGAAGAUAAAGGAGAUUGAGGAUGAGAUGAGAAGAACUCAAAAAAACAAGGCCACAGAAUAUCACUUGGGUCUGCUAAAGGGUAAACUUGCCCGUCUCCGAGCACAAUUGUUGGAACCUGGCCCGGGAGCCGGCGGCGGCGGGGGGUCCGGCUUCGACGUCAGCAAAAGCGGCGACGCGCGCAUUUCCCUUGUUGGCUUUCCGUCGGUCGGUAAAUCGACUUUCUUGUCAAGAGUCACCAGGACGAGAUCGGAAGUGGCCUCGUAUGCAUUCACCACCCUGACAGCCAUUCCCGGUGUUCUCGAAUACGGCGGCGCAGAGAUCCAACUCCUCGAUUUGCCAGGCAUCAUCGAAGGAGCUGCUGAGGGCAAAGGCCGUGGUCGUCAAGUCAUCUCGGCAGCCAAGACGAGUGACCUCAUUCUGAUGGUGUUGGAUGCCACGAAAAAGGCUGAGCAACGAGCCCUCCUGGAAGCUGAAUUGGAAGCCGUGGGCAUCAGGCUGAAUCGCGAGCCGCCAAACAUCUACUUGAAGCCCAAAAAAGCAGGCGGUAUGAAAAUCACCUUUCAAGCACCUCCCAAGAACCUCGACGAGAAGAUGCUCUACAACAUCCUGCGAGACUACAAAAUCCUCAACUGCGAGGUGCUAGUGCGCGAUGAAAACGCCACGGUUGACGACUUCAUCGACGUCAUCAUGAAGGACCACCGCAAAUACAUCAAGUGCCUCUACGUAUACAACAAGAUUGACAGCGUGUCGCUCGACUUUUUGGACAGCUUGGCGCGGGAACCGCAGACCGUCGUCAUGAGCUGCGAGCUGAAUCUGGGAAUUCAGGAUGUGAUUGAUCGGUGCUGGAAGGAACUGAAGCUGAUUAGAAUAUACACGAAGCGCAAGGGCGUUGAACCGGAUUUCGACGAGGCACUGAUUGUGAGAAGUAACAGCUCAAUUGAGGAUGUGUGCGACCGGAUCCAUCGCACUUUAAAGGACACUUUCAAAUAUGCCUUGGUUUGGGGAGCGAGCGCCAGACAUAUUCCCCAGAGGGUUGGGUUGGGACAUUUGGUGGCGGACGAGGACGUAGUUUACAUUGUGAGCGGAUGGCGAGCAUAA